AUGCGUCUCGACCGAAGAAAGCCUCCCGAAAGCCCCCUCGCCACCCUGAUGCACAUUUUCAACCAACCGGUGUAUCUCAACAAACAAGGCCAUGUCGACUUCAAACCCGGCGACGCAAGGGACCCCCUGAACUGGUCCUCCCUCCGGAGGUGGUACAUCACACUCUGCACCGUCCUCCUCGUCCUCAACGGCAACCUAGCAGCCAGCAUUACCUCCGGCUGCCUCCCCUCCCUCUCUGAAGACUUCAGCGUCUCCGAAGUCGCCGCCAGCCUGACCAUCACGCUCUACGUGCUAGGCUACUGCGCGGGUCCCUUCAUCUGGGCGCCCGUAUCCGAGUUCUUCGGCCGGUCGCGCAUUUUCUACGUGACCUUCUUCGUCUUUCAGGCCUUCAACCUCCUCUGCGCCUUCUCCCCCAACUUUGGCGCUUUACUCGUGGGCCGGUUCCUGGCGGGUACGUUCAUCUCGGCCACGCUGAGCAACGCCCCCGCCAUGCUGGCCGACCUCUGGGAUCCCAUCGACCGGGGCAACGCCAUGGCCAUCUUCUCGUUCAUCAUGUGGAUGGGACCGUCCCUGGGCCCCAUUGUCGGCGGGUACGUGCAGCUGCGGUUGGAUUCCUGGCGGUGGGUUUUCUACAUCAUCCUCGCCUUCGGGGCCGCGACCGUGCCGUUCCUCUUCAGCAUCCCCGAGACGCACGCGUCCACCAUCCUGAGGAAGAUGGCGAAGAAGGCACGCGAAUCAGGCAACCCGGAAUACGAGCACGCCCAGGCCGACGCGGACGUGGAUAGGCCUACGCUGACGGAGAUCUACAAGGUGGCCUUCACGCGGCCGUGGUACCUCUUCGCCGACUUGGUCUCCCUGGUCUGCGCCAUCUACCUCGGCGUCGUCUUCAUGCUGCAGUACAUGCUCUUCAGCAUCUACCCCAUCGUCUUCCAGGACAUGCGCGGCUGGGACGCGGGCGCGGGCCAACUACCCCUGAUCGGGACCAUCGCGGGCGCCGUCCCCGGCACGAUCCUCAUCUUCAUGGACACGCGCCGCCGGCGCAAGCUAGUGGAGAAGAACGUCCGCCUGGAACCCGAGGACCGGCUCCUGCUGGCUGCCGUCGGCGGCGUGGGGUUCCCCGUCGCCAUGUUUUGGCUGGCCUGGACGGCGCAGUACAACGCGGCCCCCUGGGCCAUCCCCGCCGUGGCGGGGGGGUUCCUCUCCAUGUCGCUGAUGCUCAUUUUCGUGGCCUACCUCAACUAUAUCGUCGACUCGUACCUUCACUUUGCGGCGUCGGCUGUGGCGGCGAAUACUUUUGCGCGGCUGCUGGGGAGUGCUUCGGCCCCGCUGUUCACCAGGGCCAUGUUCGAGACGCUGGGGGUUGGUGGUGGUGGUUCUCUCAUUGGUGGUGUUGCUGCUUUGCUGGCUGUCGUUCCGUUUGUGUUCCUCAAGUACGGGAAGCAGAUCCGGGUCAAGAGCAAGUACGCGCCUACAGAUGAUGAGGAGAGGGACGAGCGGAAUGAGGAGACGGGUCCGAUGGAGUAUGGCGUUGCUCAGUGGGAGGAAUGGGAGGAGGAGCAUGAGGAGAAGGAGAGGAAGAAGAGCCUGGAAGAGCAUGACAAGGCGGCUCGAGAGGCCGAGGAGGGAGAGGCAAGUGGUCUGGGGAACUAA